AUGUGUCCAACUCGUCUCUUGGACGCCUUCUCUCGCGCGCAAGAGCAACACCCCGCGCGGCCUGCCGUGGCUUCUUGUACCUCUUCUGUUUUGUCUUCCUCUCUCUCCUCGUCCUCUUCUGCAACGCGGGGCCUUAGCGACAAGACAGGGAUCAAGGAACUCGAAACAGAGAGGAAGCUGAAUCUUGCCGGCUUCGGUCCAAAGGACGCCUCUCCCUGUUCUGCCGGGGGCAAAGAGACGGAAGAGGGAAGAGGAGACAUGGAAAACGCGAAAGAAGAGCGAUCGAAACCACUAAUUUCACACAGAGAGAACCCUUCAAUGAAGGGAUCCGCGAAAAACAGAGGAGGGGGGGAAAAGAAGAGCGUCUCCGAGAAGGUGAAGGACUACAGCGAGAUGAUUGCAGAGCCGGCACUGGCGUCAGCCGAGAUCCAAGGAACGAGGGAGGAUCGCUCGAGCGAGGGAACGCAGCUUGGCGGAGAGAAACAAGAAUCGCCUCGUGAGGUUCCCCGCGUUCCGGAUGAGAUUCCUCGUCUCGCUAGCGAAAAGAAAGACGCGUGUCGGAAGAGUUCCUCCCUCCAAACUUCACCUGGUCUCGCGCCGGGUCUUUCUGCGACCUCCAGUGGAAACGUAAAACCCCAGAAACAGACGCGGCUUCCAAAUUCCUUUUUUGUCUCCAAGCCUGCUUCUCUCUUUGCUCAGAAGCCCUCAACCAGUGGCCCUGAGGCAGAUAAAGUCUCUGGGGACGACCAAAAUAAAUCAACAGAGAUCAAAGAUGCUCAAACGUCCUGUCUCCCAGUAAGCGAGAAGGGCGAGAAAACUCCAAGGGAAACUCCGUCUUGCUCCUUUCUGUCAUCAUCCGGUUCUUUAUCAGCGUCAUGUAAUACCUCGGAGAGUGGCGAGUUUGGAGCUGCAGCACAUGUCGCCGACGAAGAAGCUUCCGCAGAUGUGCAUGCAGAAGAAGAGCUUUUUUCUCAGCCUCCUGAAGCGCAGAAGACAGAGAAUUCAGACGACCGACAGACAGAGGGAGCAGGAGGAAAACACGAAGUCGCGGGAGGGAUUCAGGAAGCGAAGAUGCGCGGAGACGAGCCGAUUGAGGGAACAGAAGAAGCGGCGCAUGCGCUUCGUGGACACAGACCAGUUGAGCACGUCUCCGGAGAACUCCGCCGAAACAAAGACCCCUCAGGCGAUCCCGUGGAAAAGGAGAGCCUCUCGGAUUGCGGUGUCGACAGUAGCUGUGCUUCCUCCUCUCCUGCUUCCUCCUCUUGUUCUGUUUCCUCGUCUUCUCCAUCUUCUUCCUCUUCUGGCUCAUCAGCGUCAUCUCCAACGUUCUCUGCUGUUCCGUCAUCGUCUUCUCCUUCUUCCUUUUCUCCUGCUUUCGCACCCGAGCGGUCGGCCGCUGCGGUCGAGGCAGCAGUGUUCGUGGAAGGGGAAUCGAAGACUCGACAGAGCGGUGGAGAGGCAGAUAAAGCGCGAGAGGAGAACGACGAACGAGAACUGACUCAGACAGAAGGAGGCGUAGAGACAGUCACCGUAGAGACAGACGACAGGGGAGCACAAGGGAGAGCUCGCGCAGCGCUCCGAGAAGCGUGGGGCGCAAUUUUCAAACGGCCUUCUAGGCAGGGAGAUCAAAAGAGUAAGCCGAUUUCAGGGGUGAAGAAAGAAGAGGGAGAGAAGAAGGACGAGGAGUCUGCAAGCAAGCGGUCGAGACACAGUCUGAAAAGAGAGAACGAAGAAGCGACCAGCGGGCCUUCUGUGUGGGAGCGAGAGGCGGGACGCAGCUGCAGGCUUGGAGGCCGAGCGCGGCCCCGGAGAUCGGCAGGCGACGCUCUCCAGUCGUGUCCAGAGAAGCGAGACAAGCGCGAAGUUGAAGAAGUGGAAGUAGAGAAGGUGGUGGUGAACGGGAAAGAGACUUCCGAGUGUCGACGUCGAAGCGAGCGCGUGUUGGCGCGACAGAAACGGACUUUUUCUGACUCAGAGCAGGUUCUGAGUGUCUCCGACAGCGAGGAGACGGAAGAGAGAGGCGGAACCAAAAAGAGACAGAAAGUUUCUGCGCCGACGCUGCUUCUCAGCCGCCGCUUCCCUGUCGCGCCCGCGAAGGCAGAGAGGCGCGGGCAGCCGAAGCGUGCAUGCGCGGCCUCAUCAUUUCAACGCGCCCGCGAGGAAAGCAGUUUUUUCUCGGGAGGGAAGAGAAAGGGUAGCAACGAAGAGACCGAGCGACAGCUCAAGCUUGCGAGGGCGGAGGAAGAACGGAGACAGCGAGAGGAGGUGAUCCUGUUGAGGCGACGCGUCGUUCUGCAGGCGCAGCAGAGACAACGCGAACGCGAAGAAGAACAUCGCCUCCGCCUCUUGGUGGAGACAAAUGCGGAGUGGAUUGAAAGCUUGCGAACCUUCGAGGAUGGCGGCCUCGACGGCAGCGCCCCGAGCUGGUUCCCCGGAGCAUCUCCCCGGUGUCGGGGCUCUUCUGCUUCUGUCGAAGCGAGGGAGACGCCGGAAGACAACCGGUGUCUCCUCUCUCAAGCAAGCAUUCAAGACUCGCUGAACUCUUCUGAAGACUCUUCCAGACGACCGCGGUCUCUGCAGCGAGAGCGCAUGAAGAGAAGGCGGGCGUCGUCCGAAGAGGAAGACAUCGUGACCAGCGAUGGGACAAGGUCGCGCGAAGAGAUGAAUCAGACGCGUCCGGGCGAAGUGGAACUGGAAGAAGAUAGGAACACAGCCUUUGCGCAUGCUGAGCCGUUUGAAGCGGCAGAAACUUCUGCACUUUCGCUCUGCAGUGCACCUCCGCGCUGCGAGUGGCGAGACGUCGGAGCCAGACUCCUCGACCUCUGCGGUCUGAGAGGCUUCGACACUCGCGACAUCGUCUUCUUCGUGACGUCUGGCCCAUUUACCUUCUACACCCGAAAGGGCAUUCUGAAAAUUCUUGAAAAAACAGGUCUCCCCGUGACGACAACUCCUCGGCGAGCAACUUGCAUUUUGACAAAUGACAUGGGUUACUGGCCUCAAGCUGAACCCCCUUCACAAGAGUGCCCUGCGUCUUCUUUCCAUUCUCCUUCUGUGCUUCUUUCGUCUUCAUUUCCGUCGGCUGAGAGCGAGAACAGCGAAGAUCAAGCGCUGUCGGUUGGUUGUUCUCUCGCUCCCGGAUCUCUGUCCUUCUGUGCUCCGUGGCGUCUGUCUCCUUGCUUCUUCGACGGCCCACGGGUAGCGACUGAGUCAGUGCUCAUGCGAGCGAUGAACAUUUCCCUCCAGGACGCGGCGCGGAGGUUUCACCCCCUUAACGACAAAAGUGGACUUCUCGUCGAAGAUCUGGUUCGCGCUUCUCUGCACUUCUACGCCAACCACGGAUGCGCUCCUGAGGCGGACGGCGAGAAGGCGAACAUUGGGGGGCGAGGGACGGGGGCUCAAGAGGCCCAUAACAGUGUGUCUCAGAUUUUCCCAGUUGAGGAUGGAGCCCAAGAGGAGGGUGGCGCCGGGUUGCGGUGUAUCGAAGCAGUGGAUAGAGAGAAUGAAGGGAGAUCAAGGAAAGAAGACAAUACAGGAAAGACAGGGACAGCGGCUCCGGCCGAUCCAGUGCCGCCGUCGAUCAGCAAAGAAGAGAGGUCAACCUCCCAGCCGACGUCAACAACCUCUCGAGAAAAAGCGACAACAGAGCGACACGCAGACUCCACAAGCGAGAGAGAAAAACGAGGCGACAAGGAAGGAGUCGAGUGCGGAUUCCCGGGGACAGGCGUUCUGAAGACGCCUUCCAUCCUCUGGCUUACCCACAUCACCGAGAUGUGGGAUCGAGCCUUCGAGGCCUGCAGUUUGUGCGAGCUCGCCGGGAAUAACGACGCGGUGCUGGAACUGCAUGCGCUCCUGACGGCGGCUCUCCAGCGCGGUCCUUCUCUGUCGGGCAAGCGUGCGGAGUUCGACAGUAUGGCGAGCGACUCGACAGGGACCACUGAGAAGCCAGGUGUCUCUUUGCCCCGCCCCAAGAAAACGGAGAGAUGCAGCGGCUCUGGGGGUGCUCGGGUCAGUGGGAGAAAGCGCGAGGCGAAAGCGCAGAGAGAUCGUGAAGAGAGGCCGAGAGUGAUCCUUGUCUCGAUGCCACCAGGUUGUGGAGGCGAUCGCCUGGUCGACUUGCUCUGCUUCGCAUGCGGCCACCAGGCCGUACGCGAACAGAAGUUGAGAGAGGAGAAGCGAAUCGAUGGCCUGUUUCUGUCUAUGGCGAUGGUGAGUGCUCAGGCGCGAGCGCUCAAGGAAACACAAAUCCAGGACCCUGCAGGCGCCGUCGUAGUUGCUGAAGACGAAAUUCGUCGAAAACGGUUCUCGCGGGAUCCUCCAGAGCCUCCUUCGUGUACCCCGUUUGGGGCCAAAGCCCCGGGCAAAGAGGCGCCGACGCUGCCUACCCAUGCUGCGGAUCUCUCACUGGAAAAGAAGGCUCGUGAAGGCAACAGUUCGACGCCGUCAAGUGCGCCCUCUGAAGGGGCCUGUGAAAAGGAGCAGGGCACCCGCCAGCGCACUGUGUCUCUCCCGCUUCCGCGCUUGAGUGUUUACGACUGGUGGACCUUGUCGAGGGCCGACCAGCGAAGACUUUUGCAGCGGAGGCCGCGGAAACCAGACACGGAGAAUGGAGGAGAGAAAUACAAUCCUCCAGUUUUGUGCAUUGCCCGCUGGAGAGAAGGCGAAGAUGAGCAGACUGCAAAAGAGGCUGUGAACGCUUCAAUCGACGAAGCGAUAUGCCGGACAGGAGGCGGCCGAGGGCGACGGGCGGGAGCGAGCAGUGACGAGGACGACGACGAGGACUUCAAGGACGCAAAGACGCUUCGCAGAGGCAUCCACUUUGUGGGGCUGCGGCCGCCUCCCAGAGAAGCUCUCGUGCAACGAGUUCUCGCAAUUGCGACUGCGGCCAUAGGGGCUCCUGUCGACCGUGCGCUUGUCGAACUUUUGUUCGCAAGCAGCGGCGAUGGCCACCAAGGACCCAGCACCGGAGAGGCAGUGCCUCUCGCAGGAAUUUUGCACACUCUACACCUCGUCACACGGACGCACAUGAAUUCGCGGCUUCUGCAUGCAGCUUACCACUACGAAACGCAGCGCCAUUUAGAUGCCCAGCACAGAGAGUUGGAUGCUUGCGCUUCCUUAGAAGGAGCACAGCAGUCUCCCAAAGAACCGCUGCCGUCUGCAAACACGCGCGGCAGUCGGCCGAGCUUCACCCUCCCGGCUGCUUCUUGGUACGACGCCGAGCCGGAAUACUGUACAAAAGACGACUUAGCAGACGCGAUGGGAGGACCGAGUUGUGAGGAAACGACGGCUGGGUCGGCACAAGCCCGCCUGUCUCGUAUAAUCCAAAACUUUGUCCUACCACCUUUGGAGCGACCUCUGCCGCUUCCCUUUGCCCUGGCCGAAGCGCCGUUAUUAGCGUUUUGGCGACUUCAACAGGCACAACCGAUGAGUUUGCUUCUUCAGCUUUUCGGAAGCCGGAACGCCCUAGCUGCAGACUCGUUGGCGGCUCCCAUGCAUGCGUUCGACCUGCUGUAUGAGAAGUUCGCGCAUACUCAGCGGGCAGCUUUUGCAAGACGCCGGGCGGCCGACAAGACUCUGGCGGAGGUGGCGGACCGCCACGGGAGUGUUGAAACCCUGCUCGAUGCGUUCAGUGUAUGUGCCCGAGCAGUGAAACUCGAAAACGAUUGCAGUGGAUGCCUAGUGGUAGAUAUGCAUUAUAGUGUUCCGGCCGGAGGAAAAGCCUCCCAGUCUGGAGGGGGGAAGUCGCCGAGUGAAAACGACUUCGCUGCAGGAUACGGUGGUGGAAGUUCUGGCGGAAGCGAUGCCACAAAAGAUGGGCUGCUGAAAGAAAACGCGGAGACCGCUUUACUCCGAGGACUUCCUCUAAGGAUUGGGGCACACUUACCUGAAACAACAGCCCGCUUUGUAGGCGAGCUGAUUUUAGGUGGUGUGGCCUUGCUGCAGCAUGGGCCUGAAGGAGCCUACGAACCACCACCUCUUGGCUGUUCUCUAGAUGCCGUUCAGAAGCAGUUUGUCACCGAGCGGAUGAUUCAGCAGGAAAAACUUCAGACGAGAAGGAAGCUGGAAAAAAUGGGAGAGGGGAGUUUGAAAGUGCUGGACUUGAGACGUACAGUGGAGGAAGCCGGCUUAAUGGUUAAUUUAGAAGCGCCGAUGCCACGGGCUAGUCCGUCAGUACAGUCCGACCCUGGUGAAGCCAAGGUCGAAUGCAAGGGAGAUGCUGCAGAGCCAAAACGGUCCCCUCGAAGAAGUGUACGGUCUGGGGGACCAGAUGUCCGGGAUGGUUACGAUGUUGACGCUUUUUGUCCGGUGGAAGGUCUUUCUGAUUCAGAAGAUAGUGACAAGUGGAUGGAGGAUGACGUGAACAUGUUUGAGAUUAUGUCAGCCAACACGAUGUUACGCUGCACCGAGCAGCUUCGCCAAACGUUUAUAGCCGAAGGAAGAAUGCUUGAGAAGAUGGCGAGUUCAAAAUGGAAAGGAGGGAGGAGGGUAAGGGGGGUCAAGAAAAAGACAACAGCUUUUCCAGACGAUGCAAAAAUUGCAAAGGUAGCAUCGACUCUUGGGAACUUCCGGAAGGGUAUAAAGUGA